UUUGUUUUUUGACUAUAGAUAUCUGAAUAUAUAUUAUAGACUUUUACUAUCUUAUUUGGAGGAUUUAUUUAUAAAAACAAACUCCAAUUUCUAUUUUAGGCUUAUUGCAUUUUGGGAAAAUAUGGAGAAUGAUAAUGGAGAAAAUCCUACAAAGGUUAACAAAUAUGCAUGUGCUUGUGCAAUUGUUGCUUCUAUGAUAUCUAUCAUAUUUGGUUAUGAUACUGGUGUGAUGAGUGGAGCUAUGAUAUAUGUGAAAAAAGAAUUCCAAAUCAAUGAUGCCAAAACAGAAAUAUUAGCUGGGAUUCUAAAUUUAUGUGCUUUAGUUGGGUCACUUUGUGCUGGAAGAACAUCUGAUAAAAUUGGAAGACGUAACACUAUAAUGGUAGCGUCAGUAAUUUUCAUGAUUGGAUCAAUUUUAAUGGGCUAUGGUCCAUCUUAUAUAGCAUUAUUAGUUGGAAGAUGUAUUGCUGGUGUUGGUGUUGGAUUUGCACUUAUGAUAGCACCUAUUUAUUCAGCAGAAGUUUCAUCACCAUCGUCACGUGGAUUUUUAACAUCUCUACCAGAAAUCGGAAUAAGUAUUGGUAUUUUACUUGGUUAUUUAUCAAAUUACAUUUUUUCGCGAUUGUACCUUGAACUUGGUUGGAGAAUAAUGUUAGGAAUUGCAGCAAUUCCUUCACUUUUCUUGGCGAUUGGCAUUCUUAAAAUGCCAGAGUCUCCUAGAUGGCUUAUUAUGCAAGGCCGUGUAGGAGAAGCCAAGAAAAUAUUGUACAAAGUUUCUAAUUCCCCUCAAGAAGCUGAAAUUCGCCUCAGGGAUAUUAAAGAGGCUGUAGGAAUCGAUGAGAAUUGUAACGAUGAUAUUGUUAAGGUUCCUGAAUCAGCACAAACACAUGGGGUUUGGAAAGAAUUGUUGUUAAAACCAACUCCAUCACUAAGAUGGAUUUUAAUAGCUGGUGUUGGAAUUCAUUUCUUUGAACAUGCAACUGGUAUUGAAGCUGUUAUAUUGUAUAGUCACAAGAUUUUCGCGAAAGCAGGUGUACAUGACACUAGGAAGCAAAUACUAGCGACAGUUGGAGUUGGACUAACAAAAUUUACAUUUAUAGUGCUAUCUACUUUCUUGAUUGACAGAGUUGGGAGAAGAAAAUUGUUGUUAACAAGUUUAAGUGGCAUGGUAGUGGCAUUAGCUGGACUUGGUUUUUUCUUGACAAUUGCAGAGAAUUCUGGUGGGACACUGAUUUGGGCUUUGGUACUUAGUAUAGUUACAACUUAUGCAGUUGUGAUGUUUUUCAAUAUUGGUCUUGGUCCAGUUACUUGGGUUUAUAGUACUGAGAUAUUUCCUCUAAGGUAUAGGGCAUUGGGUGCUGGUAUUGGUGUUGCUGUUAACAGGUUGAUGAAUGCUACUGUUUCUAUGAGUUUUCUGUCCAUUUCUGAAGCAAUUACAACUGGAGGUGCUUUUUUCAUGUUUGCUGGAGUCUCUUUGGCGGCUUUGAUUUUCUUCUAUUUCAUGUGCCCUGAGACUAAAGGAAAGUCUUUGGAAGAAAUGGAAUCUGUUUUCACUAAAGGCAAGUCCUCAGAAAAUUUCAACAAAUAGACAUUGAGAGCAUGCAGGAGUUGACACUUUGUAUAUAUUUCUGUAUUUGUAAAUAGUAAUAUUUAACAUUAUUAUGAUAAGAAAAUAUCUGAUUAUGUCCAAA